AACUGUCGAGGUUUCAGUCGGACCUCCGGAAGUAAACUGGUGACAAUGCGGCUUUGACGCUGAUAAUCAAUUCCCCCGCUAAAUCAGUACUCCCUGAAAGUUCGUGGCUAAUUCGGUUCCUACUAUACUACUCAAUCGCGCUACUCGAGCUGUUUGCUUGUGAGAAUUCGAGUGCAUAUUAGCGGCGCAAGACCAAGUGCCUAUAUUCUGCUCGAGAAUUCUCCUAACAUCGAUUUUCAAGGGCCGUCUUUGAGCCAGAGAAGCUCGGGCUUAGCCAGAUUUUUGGACAAUCGACACUGUAUAAGGUAAAUCAACCUAGAUACCAAUAAUAGGGGAGCAUUGGUGGCUAAGUUCGCUCACUCACUCACGUAUUCAUUCAUUUAUUUGUGUGUGGGUUUGUUAGUUUGUUUGUUCAUUUAUUUAUAUAACCAUGUGGAAAUUAGAGUUCGAUAGAGUGGUUCAUUGAAUUGGGAAGCAGUUUGGAUAAUGCCCCUGCGAUGCGACUAAUUAUGUUAACCAACGAAAAUCAAAGCUUGUUUGUUUGUCAAAUUUUGCUAGUAACCCUGAUUAUUUAGUUUCCAUGCAAAGAUCAAAAGUGCGUCAUUCAUUUUAAUACUUGGUAUGGCUUUUCGAGGUUCUUCUUUAUUGCACUUUCCCUUUUAAGAAUUUAGUAUCGAUUUUUCCCCGGUAAACAUUAGAGGUUGACCAGAAAUGAAUCUGCCAGAACAAAAACCAUUGGACUUCAAAAAAGGUAUAGUGUUACAUCAUCUUUUGUCUAAGAUAUAUUUGUAUGUUUCUUAAUUUUUUAUCUCGGUCUACUUGUCUUGAUAAAAGCUACAAAAGACAUUAUGACACGAAUACAACCAGUUUCGUCCCAGAUCGUUUGAAGUCUAUAGUAGCAUAAAGGCAAUCUACUACAAACAUGUUGUAUGAGUAAUAGAAGUUUGAGUAGUAUGAGCCAGAUAAUAGAAUAUUAGUAUGUCAGAAACGAACAUCGGCAUUUUGGGCAAAAUAAAAACAACAUAUACGAGGAUGAAUAAUGGAGCCAACUCUCAAAUCACCCGCACUCAAUUUAUAUCCUACCAAACGCUAGUUUUGAACGGGACGUUCUCAUCAUCUGCAUAUAUUCGAUGCGUCAACCUGCAAACAACUCGCUCUUUUGCUGGAAAUUUCUCCUCGGAGUAUACAGGUUUGUUUAACAUGUCUAGAGAAGGACUUGAAGGCUUCCCCUCACAUCCUUGGCAAGUAGUAAUAGAUUUAGACACUGCCUGGGACUGGAGCUCCAGAACAAAAAUUUGCUUAUUUUCGUUUAAUAACUUCAAUAUAACACGCACGACUGCUUGAUACGCUGCGUCACACAUCACGUGACUAUCUCAUUGAAUCACAUAACAUCUUCUAAGUUAGGUUGUUGAACUUUGGCCGAAAAAUGUGAGUCAAUAAGAAGCUAUAAGAUUCACCCUCACCUACUUGCGUCUUAGAAAAUAGAAAGUAUUUCCUUCUUAUCAGUAACCAAUAACUGUUUCAGACGUGGUUCAAGAAUAAGCGGUACAAGCUACGCAUCCAGGCGUAACAGCACCGCAAAUUCCACCGAGCUUCUCCGUGGACGAUGAGCCCGUCCCACAUCCCCUUUCACAGUGCAGAGAGGCACUCCAUGAGCUUACCACACGCGAGGUUCUACGGGAUGCCCUCUCCGUAUGCUUACUACCCCGUCUUUCAUCACUUACCGCCCAGCCACCUUAGCACGCCGGGGAGCGCAUCAUCCGGAUCUGAUGACUCGGAGGAAUCGGAUAAAACAAGGUCACAGAGAAGGCUAUUAAGAGGCAAUGAGAAGACCAACGAAAAGUAUAUUAAAAGGAUUAUCACGAAAAGACUUGAAAAAGCCGAAAAAGAGGACUUGGGAAGUAACGAUGGUGUUAGCGACUUGAUGCUGGAUCUCCAAGAAAAACACCCAGUGGAAGCCUAUGAGAAGGCAGACUACGUUAGUUCACUACGGCCAGCCACAGCACGAUUAAAACUAACAAGAAGUUGAAGGUUAGGCUAACAGCCAGAAGAGAUUUAUUUUUUGUGUACAACAGAACAACAUGCAGUUGUAGCAUACUGUUUAUAACUGGUUUUGUUGAAGGUAGUUUGACGAGACAGGUACAACAAAUCGUGAUAAGCAGAGUUUUACUUCCAGUAGCAUUACAAAAUGUUACAUUGUGGCGUUGUUGCCACAUAUGCAACUAGUUUGAGCUCAUUGGGGCAUGCAAUGUAACCUAGACCUAGCCCUUUCUUCUAAACACCUUCCACUAUUAGUAUCAUGUAUGCAUCAUGUGUGUGAGACGCUUAGGAGAUGAUGGCUGCUAGAUAGUCUUUCACCUCUGGUGGAGUAAGUCGACGGAAUCCAUUCUCAUUACACACUCCAAGCUCGAUGUUAUCUUCAGUCAUCUGUCCCUCAAAACUUUCCUACAAGCAUUUCAAAUAAUUAAUUCACUUUACUACUAGAACCUCCAGUUUUUCUCCAAAUAGCCCCAGUAUUUUUUUUAAUAUAAUGAUUUCUUGACUCCCCUGAGAAGAACUACCACAAAUCAUCCAAUUGCAAGUACAAUAGGUGGGGCAAAAUUACUAAUAGUACGUUAUGAUACAAAUCAUUACUUUAAAGAUAGAUCAUUUAAAUAAAAAAUCGCUGACCGAGGCUAAAUUGUUAUGAACGUGAAAAUAUAAUUAUAACUGGGGUAAGUACUCUGGUUUACUUCAUAAUGGGUACAACCUUCAAUAUAUAAUGUUAUCUAGUUACCUUUAGGGUUAGAAUUGCAGUGUGUAUUGCAUCUUCAAGCUCUAAACUCUCAUUAUAUCUAGCAAGGAGUAAUACAAUAACAGUAAGAUAAUUUGUGAUGACCAACCAAUAAUAAAAUUAUUAUUUUUCCCCCUGAAAAACAAAACGUAAAACAAAGAUCACAAGUAUUUUGUAUGCAAUGCUAAUGCUGCAAACAUACUUUUUUUGAAAUUCAGGUGAGAUGCAAUAAAAAAGCGUUUACACUUGUUUUCAGUUAAAUAUAUACAUACAGUAGGAACAUUUGUACAAACUUAAUUAACAAUAAAACACAAAGCUAAGAAA